UCAGUUCCCGUCUCCAGUCUCCAGUCUCCAGUCUCCAGUCUCCACUCUAUUCGCAAACCAACAACAACGAUAACUCUUUUUUUUCCCUCGCAAUCUCUCUCUCUCUCUCUCUCUCUCUCUCUCUCUCUCUCUCUCUCUUUCUUUCUUUCUCUUUCCUCCCUCGGUAAAUGGAGAACGGCAUGACAGUCACAGAGAAUUCAUCAUCAUCGCUGAUAUUCAUGGGAACAGGUUGCUCCAGUGCUGUACCUAAUGCGAUGUGCUUGAUUCAGCCUUCCAAUCCUCCUUGCUCUGUUUGUUCUCAGUCUUUGUCCAUUCCUCCCGAUCAAAACCCUAAUUAUCGGGGCAAUACAUCUCUCCUUAUUGAUUAUUGCCAGGUUGAUGGUGAGCAUAGUUAUAUCCUGAUUGAUGUUGGUAAGACGUUCAGAGAGGCAGUACUUCGCUGGUUCACCUUCCAUAAAAUUCCACGGGUUGAUUCUAUAAUUUUGACGCAUGAGCAUGCUGACGCCGUUCUUGGUCUGGAUGACAUACGAGCUGUGCAGCCAUUUAGCCCCACAAAUGAUAUCACCCCGACUCCAAUUUACCUCACCCAGCAUUCAUUAGAUAGUGUUGCUGUGAAAUUUCCUUACUUAGUCCAGAAAAAACUUAAAGAAGGCCAGGAGAUCAGACGAGUAUCCCAGCUUGAGUGGAAGAUUAUUGAGAGUGAUCAUGAGAAACCUUUUGUUGCAUCCGGCAUGCAAUUUUUCCCCUUACCAGUGAUGCAUGGUGAAGAUUAUGUUUCAUUGGGUUUUCUUUUUGGGAAGAAGUGCAAAGUAGCCUAUAUAUCUGACGUCUCACGUUUUAUUCCGAGUACAGAGGCUGUUAUAUCUAAUAGUGGUGGUGGGCAAUUGGACCUUCUUAUCUUGGACACUCUUUACAAGAAUGGGUCCCAUAAUACUCACUUUUGCUUCCCUCAGACUCUUGAUGCAGUGAAGAGAAUCUGUCCAAAACGUGCUCUAUUAAUCGGAAUGACCCAUGAAUUUGAUCACCACAAUGAUAACACUUAUCUUACUGAAUGGUCAAGAAGGGAGGGAAUUCCGGUUCAACUAGCACAUGAUGGUCUAAGAAUCCCCGUAGAUAUAUGACAAGAAAACUGCAGGAAGUUAUAUCUCUGAGCAAGCACGGAAGGUUGAGCUGUUUGGUCGACACAAUUGCAGGCUACCGAACAUUCCAGUCAUACAGGUCAAAGAUUUCGGCAAUCUGACUACUUUCAUCAAUAUUUCAACUUCAAGUUUACAGGAUGAAUUCAUUGUGCAUUUGAAGAUGGACCUUUUAGCAUAUAUGAUGGUAUUCACCUAUUAUUUUGUCCAUUCAAUUCAAUUGUGAGGUAAAACUAAAAGCCUUCCGGCUAAAGAAGUAGCAUUAGUCAUGUAUACAGAAAGUUUCCCGAAGAAUGUGGGCCUACGAAUACAAUAUUUUCACCAUUUGAUGCGACAUAUUUUGGCAUGA